AUGCGAGUGGCCGCCUGCCUCAGCGACAACUUUCUGCUUUCUCUUUCUUCUCUCCCCGAGACGCAGAGACAGUUCAUCAUCGCCAUAUCCACCUGCAAGGAUGAGGACCUCUUGGGCCACCUUAGGCCCUUCAAGGGUUGGAUGUGGGAGCGGCAGGGAGAUGUCUCUGCUUGGGCCCCAGCAUUAAACCGCUUCGAUGAUCUCCUUAAUGCCUACGCAGUUCAUACAGGACUCUUAAUAGAAAGCUCUCAAUCCAGAGAGCCACUCGCGUUUAUCCCCUGUGAGGCGCUGGUUGUUGCGAUUAUUGAGACCUCCUACAUCGUCCUUGAAAACUGCUCGUCCAAGUUCCUCUACGCCUCUGUAGAGGUGGUUACGGCGUUGUUGCAGUCUUUCUGUCUGCCAAUUGUUUGUGGGGCCAUUCAGCUGCUGGCUGUCUGCUACGGCUUCAUCAGACGCAAUAGGAGGAGUGCACUGCCUCGGGACUGCCCCGACUUUGGCAGCCGGCUGUCACUCUUCUGCUUCAGACCCGUGGCUUAUGACGCCUUUGUGCUUCUGCAGCAGCCGGAGCUCGUAGCAGCAAGAGCUGCGAGGAAUUCACCUUCUCCCCCGCGGCUCUCCUGCAGCAGCAGCAGCGGGAACAGAGGGAGUAACGCCAAUGGCAGAAUUGGAAAUGCCGACAGCACAGGCAUGGUCGUUGAAGGUGAUGCAGCAUCAGCGGCAGCUACAGCAGCAGCAGCAGCAGCACCUGCUGGAUCAGCAGCAGGAGGGAGAGGCAAAACGGCAGCAAACCGGCUCGAUCUCCUCUCGUUCUGUUUGGCAGACGAACUGCCAGCAGACAUCGAUGGCUUUUUCGAGUUGCAGUGGAGUGUCUCUGCUGCUGAAGCUGCAGCAGACAGCAGCAGCAGCAGCGGCAGCGACGCUAUGAUGGUUGAUAACGCAAGAGAAGAUGCUUGCAGCAGCAGUAAACAGCAGCAGCAGCAGCAACGGCCGCCGCAUGCACUGCGGACUGUAAGGUUGUACUGUUCUGAACUACUGCUGCCCGGGUAUUCUCGACGCACAGUCACGCAUCCUGAUGGAACAGCCUCUGCCUGCUGCACCAGCACUGCUGCUCCUGCUUCGCGCAGCAGCAGCAGCAGCAGCACAUCAGCGGACUGCUGCAGCAGCUCCAGCAGGGACUGUGCAGCCAGUGCGGCACUCGAGGCCCACUGCAAAGCCAUUAUUCGCAAGUACAACAUACCUCCGCAGCACCAUCCGGCUUUGCGACACCGGAUGCGGUUGCUGCACGGGCUGCGGUGCCCUGCAUACCGAGGGGGUCUAGUGGAUGUGUAUUUGUGUUCCUUGUCUUGCUUCAUGAUCGUGUCUCCUUCUCAGUUUGCACAGAUGCUGCAGCAGCAGCCGCUGCUGCUGCCGGAGUUUGCUGCACUGCUCAAACACGGCGAACGCAUCAGCUCCCGCACGCUGCUGCUUGCAGCAGACCUCCUUUCUCUCCUCCUCGAGGACAAGACGUUGUAUAGACAGACCGCGGGGCUUGUGGGUGUCUUUUCUCCUUAUGGUUUAUUUUUAUCUCUGUUGCGGCGGUUGCUGGCUAACCCUUUUGCGGAUCGUCCCUUUCGAGUUUCGCGUAUACACACAGCAGUCAACAGCAAGAGCAGCAGCAGCAGCAGCAGCUGCAGCAGCAAGUGCAGCUGUUGUCAACAGCAGCAGCAGCAGCCGCGUCCGGUGAUAGAGUAUAUGGUGGUAGAGAGUCCUGACGAGGCAGCACUGCGUUCGUGGGAGCAGCGUGUUGCUAAGAAGGGGGCACUGCAGCAGCUCGAGUGUGACUUAAACCGCAUGCAAACCCUCAUGCAUCUCUUAGCAGCUUACUCAGCAAUCGUCGGCACCACACACAGCGUCAUCCAUGCAUUUGUCCAACCAAGCUUGCUGCGGGCCCUCAUCGGCUUCCUGCGCCACCGCGAUCCGCUGUUGGUGCCGGUGCAGAUGAUUGUGCUGCGUGCGUUAGAGGCGCAUGUGGAGCAGCAGCACAGCAGCAGCAGCAACAGCAGCAGCAGCCAGUUGUUGCAGUUUAUUCAGGAGGAGCUUCAACUACCAGAGAGACUCCAGGAACGAAUGCUCUAUGACGCCGCCUGCAUGCAGCAACGUGUAAAGGACAUGCAGCAGUACGAACGCUGGGUGGGAUGCUGCUGCGGCAGCAGCUGCAGCUGCAGCUGCAGCAACAGCAGACGUUCCGACGGCAAAACCAGCAGCAGCAGCGGCGGCGACGGCGAACUCGCUGUAGACGGUGAAACGAAGCCUGCGACGUCGUCCGAUAGCAGCAGCAGCAGCAGCAGCAAGAAGUGCUGCUGCUGUGGCUGCUGCACACCCAACGCUGGCAUUGAUUGGACAGAACGUUGGGGGAGCGACGACGAGCGUUUGUUAUAUUGGUUGAAGGCAUGCGAGGUAGAGACAAGACGUUGUGUCUUAAAGACAGCAACAAAACAAUUUUAUUUUCUUGCAGCAAAUCACAAGAUACAUCCUCCCUUCCUUCAAGAUAUGUUGGGCCCAAGGGCCCCCCUUGCUGUCCUAUGCGCCGAUAUCAUCGGAAACCCAGAACACUUUGGCGUCGGGUGCGUUGCCUCUUUCUUGUCUGUCAUCACGGAUGCUGUCUCUGAUGCUCCCCGACAUGCAGCAGCAAUUGUCCAGCUGCCUGUUGUUGCUCUGCUGCUGAGCAGCGUGCAUGCGUCUUACCUACGCAUCUAUCUGCAGCAGCAGCAACAGAAGAAGCAGCAGCAGCAACAGGGGGAACAGCAGGGGGAGCAGCAGGGGGAGCAGCAAGUGAGCAGCGUUUACCGGUACCAACACCAGCAGCCCUUGUCACUGCAGGGGCAGCAGCAAGACGUGGCUAUGCUGCUGCGGCGGCAGCAGCUGGCACAGCAAUGCGUGCUGCUGCAUGAGGGCUGCCUUAAUGCCCUCGGGGCUUUUAUUACUUCUUUGGCUUCGCAUACAUCAGGGUUAAAAGCCCUACGUCAAGACAAGGUCGACCAACUGGUAGAAGAGAGGCUUCAAAAGCUGCAGCCCCAGCAGAACCAGCAGCAGCAGCAGCAGCGUGAUGGGGAAGGGGCACCGGCAGGGGAAAGUGCACAAACGGGUCAAUCAGAGAGCCAGCAGCAGCAGGAGAGACCUGCUGCAGAUGGUGCCACAUCGGCAACGGAAGAACCAACAACAUCGACAACCGGUGCUGCAACAGGCGCAAGCGCAGCAGAACCAGCAGCAGCAGCAACUGGCGCUGCAGACUCUGCUCCAAUGGAAGUAUGUGAGCCUGUAGCAGCGGCAGAAUCAGCAGGGACAUCGAGCUCUGCUGAAGGAUCAACUGGCGCAGCAGCAACAACAGCAGCAGCUGGAGCAGCGGAGGCUCAAGACGAUAUAGGUGCUGUUCAAGCAGAAAAGGAUGCUUUGCUGCUGCUGCGGCGUCACCUGCAGAUGCAGCAGGAGGAUUUAUUGUCUUUUCAAGGAUGGCAGAAGCAACCUGGCAGUCGCUUCUCUCCUUGGGCUGCCUGUUCUCUCCUUGUGCAUGUAGCUGCUUCUGCUGAUGUUGUGCUCCUCGAUCGAUUCGGGGAAGCUGCUGCAGGGCUGGGCACGGCCCUAGAUGAGGUGUUAGGAGCAGUAGCGACCUCUUCUGUUUCGACGGCGGAGGCCUUGGGGGGUGUGGAGGCGCGAGAUAUGCUGCUGCAGCAGACACUGUUGCUGCUGCAGCAGCUACUCGUCGCAGCAAGAAAGCUGCCCCCUUGGAAGCCCGUGCCCGCAGCCCUUGCUGCAGCAGAGACGCGAGAGAAGGCACAACAGAGACCGAUGGACGUUACAGAUCUGCAGCUUCGGGGUUCUUCUUCGGAGUGGCUGUUGGAUCGUCUAGCAAAUGCUGCUCGGUUUUUGUCGGCCUUGUUGGCAUCAACAGAGACGCAGAGAUGCUUUGUGUCUAGGGGGGGGAUAAUGCUGCUGCUGCAGCUAUCUGACAGCAGCUGCCUGCCUCCUGGUUUGCUGCAUCUCUUCCCUCAACACCCUCUAGUCCACUUGCUAAGACAUGCAGCACCAUACGACUCCGCGUUGCAGCAGCAGGCGGUGCAGCAGCUGUUGCUAGACAGGGCCUUGUGUUCAUUGCAGCGCCUCCUAGCUCUGAAGCAGCGCUGGCGUGCCAACGGCUACUGGCCACGCCGCCAACAGCAGCAGCAGCUGCAGCAGCAGCAGCAGCAGCAGCUACCUGAGCCUCUGAGGAGUAUCCCGCAGAUCGAGCGAAGAGAACUUAUCUUUGCCCUGCAUGGUUGCUGCAACUCCUUAGCAUUGCUGCUGUCUUUGCACCGCGAGUUCUGUCAGGCCUACGGCACUGCCCCCACAAGAACCGCUGCCUUCGCCCAGCAGCAGCAGCUGCAGCUACUGCUGCUGCACCUCAGCCACCUGCUGCUACUGCUGCAGCCACUCUUCGCCUGGCUACUACAACUCCUCUAUGCAUGCGCUCCUCCUGCCGAUGGAGAAAAUCCCUCGCUACUUAACUUGAAACAUAACAGCCACGAACAUCCUUCUGUCAGGGCGAGCAGGCUGCUUCAUGAGCAGCAGCAGCAGCAGCAGCAGUCAAAGGGACCCGCAGCAGCACCACCUGAUCAACCUCUGUCAAACAAUGACAUGUUAUGGAGUUCAUUGGGAGAAUUUGCAUACUCUUCGCCGCCUCCGCUGCCUGCAGGAUGUUGCAGCGGCAGCAGCGUGGGCAGCGAUCCUACAGAUAGCAGCAGUGACACCAAAAGCGUUGUUGCAGCUACCACCAGCAGCAGCGACAGCAGCGACAGCAGCAGCAACAGCACCAGCAGCAGCAGUGUGGGGACCUCCGGCUGCAGCGGCGCUGAGUUUGUGUCUGUGGAGGCAGCAGACAGCCCAGUGGUGCUGCAGGAGUUGCUUCGUGCUGCAUGCGUGACAUGCAGGAACUUCCUGUGCAUGGUGAGCCGGCAGAUCAACGGGGGCGGCCCGCGCGUGGGACGGAAGUCUCCACCUCAGCAGCAAAUUGCUUCAGCUCAUCUCUUCCUCAUAGCGGAGACAGCACGUGUCUUGCUCGACAGCGUUCCUGCGGUGCCGCUGCCUGUGCCGCCACUGCUUCACGCCUUGCCGUCUGCUUCAGCAGCAGCAGCAGCAAAUGCUGCAGGCAGCAGCAGCAGCAAGGUUCAGUAUGUGCAGCCUGAAGCAGCUGCUGCCGCAGCGGACGCUGCUCGUGCGGCCGAAGCCGCAGCAGCAGCACCCACUGCAGCGGCGACGGCUAGCAGCGCGGCCGAGAUGGAUGUUGACAGCAGCAGCAGCAGCAGCAGCAGCAGCAGCAGGUUCGGCAUCCAUGGCCUAACAAUGGUGCAGUCGCUUUCUUACUUAUCGGACGUCUGCGAUAUUCUCUACAAACUUCACGUCGAUGAGAAGAACAGAGGAGUCCUUAUGACCCUCAGCUUUGACCUCUUCCAGAAGGUUGGGGGUUUCUCAGCAUUAAUGAAGGCUCUACACUACAGCGCUGCAUGCAACGUGGCGGUGUGUGCGUUGUUGGCGACUCGCGUCUGUUCCUGCUGCAACCCCAUAGCCAUGCAACAGCAGCAGCAGCAGCAGCAGCAGCAAGGAGGUAGUAGUGUAUUUGAUGAGGUGAAGCCGUGCAAGCACUUGAACAUACAGAAGAUGCUGCCGCUAUCCUUGUUUGCUGCUAUAACACCAAGUGACGAACAACAGCAGCAAGAGCAGCAGCAAGAUGCACAGGAGGAGCAGCAGAAGGCUGCGGCUCGUCGUGCAUUGUUUGUUGAGUGGGUAGAGGCAGCAGCAGCAGAAAUUGCUGCUGCAUGCCCCUCCGUGUCUCAGCUAAUUUAUUUAAGGAAUGCAGCAGCACGGCAGCUGCAGAGUUGUCUAGCCUAUGUAGACAGGGUAACCUCAUGGAAGAGAUGCAUGAACUCUGGAUUUACACCGCAGGCAUUCAGGUAUUACCCUCGACCUUCGUACUUCGAGCCGAUGGAAGAGGAAAACCAGCAACCUGCGGCUUCAGCAGCAGGAACAUCAGCAGCAGCAGCACCAGGAUCAGCAACUGGCGGCGAAACUGGUUCGGCGGUCGACAUUGAUGUGGAGAAUGGCAGCAGCAGCAGCAGCAGCAGCAGCAACAGCAGCAGCAAGCUAAUGACAUAUUCAGCUUCUUUGGAGUCUCUGAGCCGAGCCUAUUCCGAUCUGCAUGAUUUGUGCUGGGCCGACGGCGGUCAGCUAUCAGCUGCUUGGAGCACUGCAGCAGCAUCUUUGCAGAGCGAGGAGCAGCAGCAGAAGCAGCAGCGGCUGCAGGAGCUUCUGCUGCAGAUCAUCGUACAUCCGGACAUCGCAUGCAUCGAUGUAGCAGGCAUGCUGCGAACUGCAGGUUGUGAAGCAGCAGCGCAUGCAUAUGUCUGGUGGGGCUUUGUCUCAAGGUGUGGGGUGCCACUUAAGGAGCGCGAGGCGCAGCAGCACUUCCCUCCCCACAAGCAUGCUGGAGCAGCAGCAGCAGCUGCUGCUGCACCGGCCUCCGAUGCGUCGCCCAAUCCAGCUAACAGCCUAACGGAAGGAGCAGCAGCAGCAGAACCGACGGCUGCUGGUGCUGCUGGUUCGGCGCAUGGACGCCCCGGCAGCACUGGACAUCGAUCGAGCACAGCAGCAGCAGCCAAACGAAGAGGCAGCAGCCGUAAGGGACAGCAGCAGCAGCAACACCAGCAGUCGCAGCGACAGCAGCAGUUGGCAGCAACAGAAGACUCAGAGGUCGACAGCACUGAGGUGUCUAGACAGCUACAGGUGCUCAUUGCCUCCACUCUGCAGCGGACGAUCCUCUUCUUCCCUCGCAUCUUCUUCCACCUCCUGGAUACUCAGACCCCACAGCGUCGGCAGCAGCUGCGCGCUGUGUAUGCGGAGGCUGCGGAAGGACUGGCGCAGCAGCAGCGGGCGGCGGCGUCUGGUGGGGGUUCAGUAGCAGCAGCAGCUGCUGCGGCAGCAGCUGCUGCAGCGGCGGCUAUACAGCAGCAACAGCAACAGCAGCUGUUGUUGCUGCACCAGCAGGUGCAGCAGCUCGUGGAUAUGGGCUUCGACAGAGAGGAGGCUGAAAUGGCUAUUCAAGCUUCUGGUGGCAGAGGAGUAGAAGCAGCAAUGGAUUAUGUACUGGAGAUGGAUAGGAGAGAUUCUGCUCCAUCUCGCGAUCAGCAGCAGCAGCAGCAGCAGCAGGGCGGCAGCAACUCCAGCAGCAGCGGCACCGAUGCCGCCACAGCCUCUGCGGAGGAACCUGCAGCAGCAGCUGCUGCUGCGCCUUCGGAAGGCACCGCAGCGCCAGCGCCAGAGAACACAAGCAGCCCCGAUAGCAGCAGCAGCAGCAGCAGCAGCGCGAAUUCAGGUGAAGAUUCAGCGGGUGCUGCGGGUGCAGCAGCGUCCCCGGCAACACAGUCGCCUCCCGCCUCACCAGACGCGCCUGCAGCAGGAGCAGCAGCAGCAGCAGAAGGUGAGGGGUCUGGAGGUUCGCCGCUGCAAGCAGCAGCAGCCAUACUGGAGGAGUCUUUGAAGACUUCGGGAUCGCGCCCUUUGUCUUCAUCGGUUGUGCGCUCUGCCCUCAUGCGUGCUGCUGCUGCUGCUGAACCAGCAGGUCUACCGUUGUCUCCUCCUUCCCUGCUGCUGGCAGGCGAUGGAGAGAUAAGAUGGACUUGCGGGUUGCUGCGGGAGCAGCUGCAGCAAAGUACGGUAUGGGGCCCCCCACCUCCGGCGCUGGUGCAGGGGCUGCAGCGAAUUGCUAACAGCAACAACCAGCGCAUGGCAAAGCGCGUGGAGGAAUCCGGCAAUUCCAGCAACAGCAGUAGCAACAGCAGCAGCAACAGCAGUAGCAACAGCAGUAGCAACAGCACCAGCAACAACAGCAGCAGCAGCAACACCAGCAGCAACAGCAGCAGCAACAGCAGCAGCAACAGCAGCAGCAACAGCAGCAGCAGCAGCAACUCAGGCGACCAGUCAGGGACACUCGUUGGAGCGUUUGCUGCUGCAGCAGGCCACCCAAGCAACGAAGGUUUCUGGAUGGAGCAGUCGCCGCAGGGUCAGGGACAGCAGCAGCAGCAGCAGCCCAACAGUGGGGCAUCCGGGGCACGGGAGCCCAGCGAUUUGGAGCUGCUUCUGCGCUCUGUCGACGAAGACAUGGUGCAGCAGCAGCAGCAGCAGCAUGGGCUGCUGCGUGAGGUGCCUGCAGCUCAUCCUAAACAGCAGCAAGAAGAGCAGAAGCAAGAGGAACAGGAGCAACAGCAGCAGCAGCAGCACAAGGAGCAACAGCGGGUGCUGCAUGGACACUUCAGCGAUGCUUUUGCUCUCGCAUUAGGAUCUUUGCUGCGGCAGCGGCUGCUUGGUGAUCUUAUCUCCAGUGCAUGCGCUUCUCCCUUGGGUGUGCCUGGUUUGUGUGAAGCCUUCCUUAAGUUUGUCUGCUCUUCUUGCGACCUUAGACCCCAGCCCCCGCAGCAGCAGCAGCAGCAGCAGCAGAAGCAGAAGCAGAAGCAGCAGCAGAAGCAGCAGCCUGCGAAAAGAAGCACAGCAGCAGCAACAAAAGAUGGAAAUUCAACAACACCUUCUGGAGAUGUUCAGCCGAUGCCUGUUGAAGGCGAAGAAGCAGGUGCUGCUGCUGGUGCACAGCAGCAGCAGCAGCCACUGUAUCCAUGGGAGCUACCUGACAACAGCACCAGCAGGGGUUCGAGGCCGCUAAGCUGCAUGGAGAAGAAUGCUGCUGCUGCCUGCUACAUGCUGAUUCGCCGUCUCGCCUGUCUUCGUGGGGCCAUGCAGCACAUGCUGAAGGCCGAACCAACGUUAAUGGGUGUGCGGGUGCCCGCAGCAACAGCAGCAGGAGCAGGAGGUGCAGCAGCAGCUCCACAGAGCGACUUGCAUCGGGCUGUUGGAGUGUACAUGUGCAUGCGGCUGCAGCAGCAGCUUUACUGCUGCAGCUUCUUUAUGGCUCAUCUGCUGCACCGUCGUUUCUGUUGGAAGGAUGCACUGGUUCGGUGUGCAGAGGCAGCAGCAGCAGCAUGCGAACCGGGCAGCGUUGCAGCAACAGCAGCAGCAGCUGCUGCAACGCACCCUAUCUCCCUCUUCUCCUCUCUUAUCUGCUGGUACGCCUCAGCAAAUGUCCAUGCAGCAACAGCAGCAGCAACAGCAGGUACUGCAAUGCUGACAGACACGAAGGGUUGGUAUCAGUGUCCUGAGAUGUUGGAUGCUUGCCUCGAUACAACUGCAGCAAGUGCAACAAAAGCAGCAGCAGCAAAAGAAGGAGCGGCAGCAACUGCAGCAGGAGGGAAAGCAUCUGCCUUGCUGCCUCUCCCCGGCUGGUGCCUCCUCAACUAUCCCUCUACAGGAGCGGUCGAGCUGCAGGAACUUCGUGUUGCUGUUGCAGUUCCUAAGUACGGUCUGCUGCGGUUGGCGGCGGUGGAGGGGUUGGAGGCACUGCAACAGCAGCUGCAGCAGCAGCAGGAAGGACGGGCUGCAGCAACUGCUGCUGUCGUCUUAGAUCGCCCAGCAGGACUGUCAGCACCUGCUGCUGCAUAUCUUCCUCCUUUUAUCUCUCCUGCCCUUCUUUGUAUCGAAGAAAUGAUGGGAAUGUAUUUGCUGCAGGACACUGCAGCGCAUGCAGACCCGCAGCAGCACGAAAGCGCCAGCAGCAGCAGCAGCAACGCCUCAGGCGAUACGUUAACUUCUGCUGUUAGUGCUUCCGUCGCUGCCCUCAACAGCAGCAGCAGCAAAGACAACAAUAGCAACAGUAGCACCAGCCAGACGACGCAGCCAGUCGCCUCGCCAAGCCAACCAACCAGCAGCAGCAGCAACAGCAGCAGCAGCAGCAGCAGCAGCAAGGAUGAGGUGGCAAAAUCUGGGGGUGCGCCAGACUUGGGAUAUGAUGAAUUGCUGCGGUCCUUUACAGCAGCAGAGCAGCGACAGAUGGUUGCUGCUUGUUUAGAUCUGCUGCUGCUGUUCCCUGCAGCAGAUGGCGAUGCAGUCCUUGCCGUGCUGCAGCUGCUGCGGCGGUUGACGUCAAUAUACGGCAACGCCUUGAUGUUGCUGCUGCAUCAGCCCAAGGGGCGUUAUAGGGCAAUGCCCAGCUCUCCUCAGCAGCAGCAGCAACAGCAGCAGCACCAGCAUCAGCAGCAGCCAUUGGGUUGGGGGUUAGGCGUGCUGCUGCGGUUGCCUAGGACAAGCAGCUGCAGCGGAUUAGUCUCCUUAUUAUGUGCUAUUAUUACGAACAUAUUAGAAGAACCUUCUCUCAUUGCUGCAUGCGUAGAGAGAGGCCUUCGUGUUGCUUUUGCUGCAGGCAGCAGAAUGGCACACCAGACCCAUCUCAGAGUACAUGGCAGCGCACCUCCUGGGGAGACACCAACACCAUUGCUGCCUGCUGACUCUGUCUUGAAGUCAUUAGGGCCGCUGCUGUCUCGAAACCCUUCGUUGGUGGAGCAGGUGUUGAGCUGCUGCUGCAGCAUUCACAAGCAAGUGCUGCGGCCACCGCAGCAGGAGCAGCAGGAACAGGAUCAGCAGCAGAAAGAAGAACAAUCUGACGCAAACAAACCGGCGAAAGAGGAUGCAGGCUCGUCAACUGCUGCAGCAACAGGUGCAGCAGGUGACAGACCGGCUACGGAGGGCCAAGCGCCACGAAGCAGCAGCAGCAACGACAGCAGCAGCGGGACAGCAAUGGCGGAGGACGUGGCUCCUGCAGCUACAGCAGCAGCAACAGGAGCUCAAGAAGACAGCAGCAGCAGCAACAGCAGCAGCGAUACGAGCAGCGUGAUGCCUCGCCCGUUCUACCCCAGCAGCAUCUUCGUGGGCCCCAAGGCCGGUUACCUCUUUGGCAGAGGGUCGAAGGGAUUAGGGUAUUACUACUGCAGCAGCAACAAUAGUGACAGCAGCAGCACCAGCAGCAACGGACGCACCUGGUGCUGCAGCGACAAGUCCUUCCAGGAGGUCCUGCUGCUCGGGUGGUUGAACGAAGACAAGCGCCAGCAGCUGCUGCUACAGCAGCAACAGAAUCAGCACCCGCAGCAGCAGCAGCAGCAGCAGCAGCAGCAGCAACAGCAGCAGCAGCGACCACAGCAGCAGCAGCAACAACAACAGCAGCAACAACAGCAGCGGCAACCCCAGCAGCAGCAGCCACAAGGAGAGCAGCAGCAACAGCAGCAGCCGGCACAGGCGCAGCAGCAGCAGCCUCAGCAGCAGCUGCAGCGCCGAGUACGUCGGCUGCUGCAAGCAGCAUCGAAGCCUCCUCUUGUGGGGCCCGUGGUGUUGUCGGUGUUAAUGGAUCACUUGGUGUUGCUGCUUAAUGUGCAUGCAUCUACCCUUCCUGCCCCUGUAAACAAACUGCCACAGGCGGAGCUGCAGCAGCAGCAACAGCAGCAGCAGCGGGAGUGGCGGCACCUUUCGGACAUCGAGGGGGGCUUGCAUGCACACGAAGAAAAGCCUGUAUUCCCCUUCGUAGUAACAGCAGAGAGACUCCUGUAUAUGCUGUCGCAGCUUGUGUCUCUCUUCCCUCAUAUGCUGCCGUUGCUGCUGAAGCCAAUUAGCGUUGGGACUCCUGCUGCUCCGCAUUUACAGGAGAGCAGCAGCAGCAGCAGCAUCAGCAGCAGCAGCAGCAAUACAGCACCACCUGCGGCACAAGCUGCAGGUCGAAGUUCAGGCCGCACGAAACUCAAGCAGCAGCAGCAGCAGCAAGCGAACGGACCCAAAGCUGAAGGUGGCAGUGGGCAUAAGCAGCAGCACCACUUGCAGCACCAGCACCAGCAGCACCAUGUGCAUGCAGAGCCUCGGCUGUAUAUGCAGGAGGCCUCCCCUUGGCCUUUUGUCUCCACCUGCCCCGAUUUGCUGCGGUGUACAGGCAGCGACGUAAGGCUCCUCUUGCAGCACGGAGCAAAGGACCAGCAGCUGCAGCAACUGCACCAGCAGCACCACCACCAUCAGCACCAGCACCAUGCGCAGCAACAGCAGCAGCAGCAGCAGCAGCAGACCUGCGGAGGACAGCAUCGCUUGUCCGUCGUAGAUGUGCUGCUGCAGGAAGUGCUGCCGAGGCUGUUGUCGAUUUCUCUUGCUGGUAACUCCCCUGUGCUUGGCACUCAACAGCAACCGCAGCAGCAGCAGUUGCUGAUGCAGCGCAAGUCAGCAGCAGCAAUGCUGCAGCAGUUCUCCAACUUGCUUGCAGCUAUGGGAAGCAGCAACGCGGAGAUCCGACUUGUGCUUAUUCGCCAUGUCGUGUCUUUGCUGCGGGUAGCACGCGGACGCACUGCAGCAACAGCAGACGACAGCAGCAACAGCAGCAACAACAGCAGCAGCAACAACAACAGCAGCAGCAGCAGUGGCAUAUCUGCAGAAGCGGGAGAGGCGCUUAAGGGUGGCGAUCUCCUAGACACUGGUGUUGUCUGUCUCCUCGUGACGUUGCUGCAGCGCCUGCUAGCAGUAACUCCCCCGAUGUUGCCGAUGCAGCCGCAGCAGCAACAGGCCUCCAAGACAGCAGGUGCAGCAGCAGCAGCACCUGAAGGAGCAUCCGGGUGUACAGACAGCACGCGGCCACCCCACAAUAGCCGCCCAGAUGGAGACGGUGGAGAUGUCGGGGGUGCAGAUGCAAACACCCAGCAGCAACACCGCAGCAGCAGCAGCGGCAACAGCAGCAGUAGCAACAGCGGCGGCAGUAGCAGCAGCAACAGCAGCAGCAAUAGCAGCAGCAACAGCAGCAACACAGGACGGGUUCGAAGCACUGGUGGAGGACAAGGUGGAGGUCACACCAGCAGCAGCAGCAGCAGCAGCGGUGGGGGAGGAGAUGAUGGUGACGACGGGGAUCCUCCCCCCAACAAGGGGUCAGGCCGUGGGGCUGAUGCUCCUGAUGUACCUGAUCCGCAGCAACAGCAGCAGCAGCAGCACGGACGUGCGCUGCAGUGCCUGUCUCCUAAGGAGCAGCGGCAGCUACGUGAGCUGCUAGCAGGUUUGCUGCUGCAUCUUAAUUUGCAUGCAGAAGACAGUCACGCUGUUGCAACAGCAAUCAUCCGUUGUCUGCUGCACCUAACAUCUCCCCCCAAUGUUCAUCUGCUUGGACUUGACGGGAAGCAGCAACAGCAGCAACAGCAGCAGCAGCAGCAUGGGGGCACAGGGAGAGCCUCACCAGCAACAGGUAGCGGAUUUGCUGGGGAAGAUGGGGGCUCUGCAGCAGCAGCAGCAGCAGCAGCAGAGGAAGAAGAUGAUGACGACGAAGACAGUGCAGAUGGAGACGAUUUAGAUGGUGACGAUGAUGAUGAAAUAGAUAUUGAGCUUGUUGUAGAUGGAGACAGUGACAGCAGCAGCGGCAGCAGCAGCAGCGGCAGCAGCAUUGAUGAGGAUGAGGAGGACCAUAGUACUGGUGUUGAAGGUAGUGGCCGUUUCUCUGCUGCUGCAGGUGGAGGAGCAGCAGGAGCAGCAGGUGGUGCGUCGGACAUUGGUGCAGCUAAUCUUGCUGCAGCAGCGGCAGCAGCAGCAGAUGAUGAAGGAUCAGGAGGUGCAGCAGGAGCAGGGGAAUCAGAUGAUGGGGAUUUACAAGGAGAAGAGGAUAAUAAUGAUCAUGAAGAAGACGAUGAAGAAGAUGACGAAGAAGAUGACGAAGAAGAGGAAGAAGAAGAUGAGGAGGAAGAAGAUGAUGAAGGAUUUGCUGAACUUUCUGUAUUAGAUGGACUUGGUGAUGAAGAUGAAGAUGAUUCACAAGAAGAUGAAGAAUAUGGAGAAAACAGCGAAGAGGAGAGCGAUGGAGGUGGGAAUACGUUCCUUGGGGAUCGUCUCCCCCACGAGCUGGAGUUCGAUCCCGAUCCCCGCAGCGGCAUUGCCUUAGGUGGCGAAGAUGCAGCAGCGGAAGGACUGCAGCAUGAUGAUGACGAAGAAGAUGAAGAAGAUGAUGAGGAUGAUGAUGAUGAUGACGCUCCUAGAAUUAGGGAAAGAGGAGAAAUAGAUUACCUAGGGGGACCUGAAGAUGAUGAUCUUGAGGCAGCAGAUCUAGUAGAGGAGGUAGCGGGCCCCACACUUCUGAGUCAUCCUUUCUUAGCAGAACCUGUUGUUCCUUCUGCUGAGGCACCUGCGCUGCAGCCUCCUCCUCCUCCUCCUCCAGCAGCAGUAGCACCAACAGCAGCAGCUCAGCAGCAAACGCAGUCGUCGCAAGCAGCACAGCAGCGAAACGACGACAGCUCGCGCACGAGCUCCGCUGCUCCUGCUGCAGGAGAUGCAGCAACAUCGGGUACAUCAGCUGCAGCAACAACGGGUGCAGCAGCUACUGAUGCCCCAGCAGCAACAGAGACGGCACCCAUGGAGGCGGAUGGGCCGUCAGACACGACUCAGCAGCAGCAGCAGCAGAGUUCUACAUCAGAAGCCUCUUCCGCAUUAGCGACGGCUGCCACGACCUCUGCAACAACAGCAGCAGAGACCCCUGAGCAGCAGCAAGAGCCACAGCAGCAACAGCAACGGCAGCAGCAGCAAAGCGGCUCGACUUCCUCCUCUUCAGGGUCUUCGAGCAGCAGCAGCAGCUCUUCAGCAGCAGCACCCAGCUCAGCUGCCCCUGCCUCUCAAAGCGGGGGUUCAUCUGCAGGGGCUCAGAGACGGGGCCCUCGUGGCUCUGACAGCAGGGCUAGCGGCAGCAGCAGCAGCAGCGGCGGCAGCAGCAGCAGCAGGGGCGGUGGCCGUGGAAGGGGUUCAAGCCCCGGAACGAGGGGAGGACGUGGAACGGCUUCUGAGGGUCUCAGUGGAGGUGACGCAGAAGGGGAGUUGGUGGGGGGUGGUGCUGUGGCUCAGCAGGAGGAGUCAUCAACUGUUCCUGCAGCUGCAGCAGCUGCAGCUGCAGCAGCAGCAGCAGCAGCAGAGUCUGUUAGCCUUAUAAGCUCAGCACUACAACGAGAACCUAGAGGAGCCUUCCGCUUCCAUAUAGAUCUAGCAGGACUUGAGGAUGUUGCUGCUCUUAGGUCUGCUGUUCAGGAUGCAGAGGAGAGGGGUAUAACAAUUGCUCCUCUUGCUGCAGCAGGUUACGUGACAGGCCCUUCUCGUCGGUUGGGUGCUGGUGCAGCAGGAGCAGCAGGAGCAGCAACUGCUGCAACAACAGCAGCAGGUGCUGCUGUUCCACCGGGAGGCAGCAGCAGCGAAGAUCUUUCUGCUCCCCCGCCAUCUCCACCCGAUGCUGAUUUGCUGCCACCUGCAGAACACCCACUGUUCCUCCUUUGUCCUAGGCCGGCUCCUACAAGUGUGCUGCAGCUGAGCAGCAGCACCACCAGCAGCAGCGGCGGCAAUCCAUUUGCUCUGUUCAGCAGCGCAGGAGGCAACGUUGUUGCUGCAACAGGUGCAGCAGCAAACAUUGGGGAGCGGCUGCUAGACUCUCUCUUCGAAGACCUAGCAGGAGGUAUAUUUAGACCUGCAGCAGCAGCAGCGCGCAGACAGGGGCAGCAGCCUCGACCUCUGCACCAGCAGAUGCAGCAACUACGCCAAACCAGGGAACAGGAAGCUGCAGCAGCUGCUGCAGUAGCAGCUGCGGCUGCCACGGGAAGGCAGCAGCAGCCGCCCGUCGGUGAAGCCGGCUCCGCCGUCUCGGUUGCUGCUGCGACAGCAGCAACAGCAGCAGCAGCAGCAACUGCAGCACAGCACAUGCUCUCUGCCUUCGUUACAGAUCGUCUAGCUACCAGGUCCAUUAGCUGCAUUGAAGUUGAACCCGCCCCGAUUCAGGCUUGCCCUUCGCCGCAGCCAUCUGCUGCUGGAGACAGAGCAGCAGCAGCAGCAGAUGCAGAUGCUUCAGCAGAUAGAACAACAGAUGCUGCAGCAGACAAUGCUGCUGCUGCAGAUUCUGCUGCACCUGCAGCAACAGAACAAGCCCAGCCUUCUGAGGCGAUUGCUGAGGACCGGCCCACUGAUUCAGCAGCAGCAGCAGCAGGAACAACAGCAGCAGCAACAGCAACACCAGACGCGCCUGCAGCAGAAUCAGAACAAGCCCAAGGACCGCAGCAGGAACAACAGCAGCAGCAACAGGAUACUAGCGAGACGUCUUCGUCUUCGAGUGCGGCGACCGCCUCUCCUGAACGCCCAGCAGAAGCAGCAGGUGCAGCAGCUCCUGCAGAAACAGCAGCAGCAGCAGCUCCUGCAGAAACAGCAGCAACCGAGGGAGGUAGUGCGGAGGCAGCAGAAGGCGAGUCCAUGGAUAUCGACGCGGGCGACGCUCCUCGUGAGGAGAGUAGCAGCAGUAGCAGCAGCAGCGGCGACAGCAGCAGCAGUUCUAGCAGCAGCUCUAGCAGCAGCAGCUCUAGCAGCAGCAGCAGCAGCAGCAGCAGUGAGCCGUCGCUAGCAUCCCUUGCAUGUGCUUUGGGGCUUACGGAGACAUCCUUGCUCGAAGCAGCAGGAGUUGAUCCUUCCUUCUUAGAGGCGCUUCCUCCUGAUCUAAGACAGGAGAUCCUGCAGCAGCAGCUGCGGCUGCUGACGAUAGAGGCGGUGGAGCAGCGGAGAGCAGCAGCACGCCCUGCUGCUGCUGCUGCUUCUCCUGCUGCUUCACGAACAGAAUCUGCAGCGGGAGCAACACAAGAAACGGACGCAGCAGCAACAACGGCCGCUGCAGGAGAGAGUGCCCAACAAGCUACAGAAGCGGGAGCAGCAACAACAGCAGCUCCUGCUGAUGCAGCGGAGACAACUGCAGCUGAAGGGCAGCAGCAGAGGGGAGCAAGCGAUGCGCAAGAACCAGCAGCAGCAGCAGCAGGGUCAGCAGCAGCCGGUGGAGAUUCGGGUUCUGCUGAAGCGAGUUCCCCCGCUGCAGCAGGUUCCGAAGGCGCAACAGCAACAGCAGCAGCAGCAGCAGAGGAGGAGCAGCAGCAACGUCCUCUUUUGCGUGAUUUGCCUUUGGAUCUGUUGAACGUGCUUCCUGCUGCAGUGCGGCAGGCAGCAGUAGCAGGUUGCCGCGACGGAGACAGCUCGGAGGGGGCAGACGCUGCAGCAGCAUCAGCAGGUGCAGCAGCAGCAGCAGAGUAUGAUAAUGCAACAUUCCUUGCAACACUAGAACCUGCACUGAGACAAGAAGUGCUGCUAACAGCAGAUGCUUCUGUCUUAGAGGCGUUGCCUAGGGAGCUGCAGGUAGAGGCAGCGCUGCUGCGGGAGCGAGCAAUGCAGCGGCAGCAGCAGCGACAGCAGCAGCAGCAACAGCAGCAGCGAGCUGCAGCGGCAGCUGCAGCAGCAGCAGCCGCAAAUCUCAGCUCAGCAGUAGGACAUGGUGUUGUUUCUUCUUCUGCUGCUGGCGACAGACCUAGCAGAAGCACACGUGGUGCUGGUGCAGCAGGAAGCUCUCUUCCUGCUGCAUUUGUAGAUGCGUCUUUGGCACUCUUUGGCGGUCUCGAGGGACGCUGGGGCGCCCUGGGGCCCCACGCAGCAGCUGCAGCAGCAGCAGCAGCAGCAGCAGGCACACGGCUGCUCGGGGUACAGACCUCCGCGCUUCUACCACGUAGCAUACGCCUUGGGCUGCGGGAAGCCCUUAUGGAUGACUUUGCCUUAAGAGAAGCAGAAGGAGGCAGAGGUGCUGCUGCUGCAGCAGCAGGAGAUGCAACAGCCUCGUUGGUUGCUGCUCGUGGCCUGCUGCAGUCAUCAACAACGGCACGAAACGCAGCAGCGGCAGCAGGAUCGGGAUCGGGAGCAGCAGCAGGUGCAGCAGGAAGAGGGGCAGCUGUAUUUGGUGGAGCAACAGAUGAGUUGCUGCUGCUGCCUAGUGAGCGGUUAAUGAGGGCCCCUGCUGCUCUCUCUGGGUCUACUGGUGUUGCACCUUAUCCGCAUAUACAGAAUAUUGUUUCCUUAAUAAGCAGAGGCACCACCAGCAGCAACAGCAGAGGCAGGGGACUGCAGGGCCCAUCUGCAUACACUGCAGCACUUGCUGCAGCAGCAGAAGGCUCUCCUGACUUCCUUACACUCCUGCUGCGCGAAGGACCCGCCGUUGCUGGUGCUGCUGGACACGGCGCAACAACAGCAGCAGCAGGAGGUCCUCUGUCUGACGACCUCUGGAUUGGCUUCCUCUCUGCAGCAGGCGGCGGCAUGGGAGGUGGUGGCCCCGGUGGAGGUCCCGGUGGUGGCCCUGGAGGGGGUCCCGGUGGUGGGGGCCCCGGUGGGGGCCCUCACCGUGGGGGCCCCAUACGGGGUUGUGGGGGCCCCUUUGGAGGUGCAGCAGGAGCAGCAUUUGAAGGUGUCCCUCUGAGUAUAACGGGCCUAAUGGGUGUAUGCCGAGUAUUAUUUUUAUCUAAGGGAGUAAAUAAGCGUUUGCUGUUCUUGCUGCUGUUCUCUCUUGCUGCACCGCAUGCAGACACAAGAGAUGUGCUGCUGUUGCUCUUGGUGUAUAUCUGCUGGGUAGCUAUACCCGAGUGUUAUACAGCCUUAAGACAGACAGCAGGACCUGAUGCCCUUAACUCAUUAGGGUUACCUCCAGUACCUGUGUUGCUGCCUCCUGAGGCAUCUGCUUCCUCGCAGCAGCAGCAGCAGCAGCAGCAAGGAGGAGGAAUAGGGGGCUUCCAGUGCGAACGUUUUUCUGUUGGGGGUGCAGCAGCAGAACGGGUACUAGAGCAGCUACGCAGUCUUCUUACUGUGCUGCCGCAUGCAGCUGCUGCCUUCUGUAAGAAGAUGCCGCAUCCUCGUUCUCUUACCUACCAAGAUCUUGUCAGGCUGCAGCAACGCAGACACCCCAGCAGCAGCAGCAGCAGCAGCAAGGAGCAGCACGCGCAACAGCAACAGCCGCAGGGAGUGGUUAAAAGCGAAACAACGCAACAGCUGGCGCUGACACGGCAGCAGGACCAACAAAACGCACAACAGCAGCAGCAGCAAGUGCAGCAGCAGCAGCAAGAAGGUGCAGCAGAGUGGGGAGAAGAUCUGGCCCAUGAGCUACGCCGCAAAAAGAAACGCAGGGAACCAGCCAGUAGCAGCAGCAGCAGCACCACCACCACCAGUAGCAGCAGCAGCAGCAGCAACACCACCGCCACCGUCGCCACCAAGGAGGAGCCGGGGACGGUUGCGCUGCCGCAGCAGCUGCAGCAAAAGGGAUCGCUGGAGGAGCCUACAGACGGGGAAUAUCUUAUCAAUGUUCUUAUGCAACUGACAGCAACUUCUCUCUUCCAGACUUCUCCCCGUCACAUGGCUCAUCUUCUUGCUGCAAUUCAUUUGCUGCUGAGCGGACCAAGCAGCAGCAGCAACAACAGCAGCAACAGCACUAGCAGCAGCAGCAAUACCAGCAGCAACACCAGCAGCAGACCACAGAGCAGGAGCUCUGCGGCUACCGCAGGCAGCCGGGCGCAGCAAGGGGAGGCAGAAGCACAGCCCAGCAGCAACACUGCAGCCGCAUCCACCCAUGGCAGCGCCAGCGGCACAGCUCCUAGCAGCAGCAGCAGCAGCAGCAGCAGCGAAACUGGUGCAGGUUCUUCGGAGCCCCCGGUGGAGGAGAUCGUCGUCGACGGCCGCGCCUCCACCUCCAGCAGCAGCAGCAGCAGCAGCAGCAGCCUGAGCAUGCAGGAGCGGAUGCUUCGUGUUGUGACGGAGGAAUCUGUAGAGUGUGUAUGCGGUUUGUUGUGCUGCCCUGCUGCUGCUGCUGCUGGUGUGUAUGGAUUAGGUUCAUCAGCACAGCAGCGGGAGACACAGAUGCAGCAGCUAGCUGUAGCAGCAAAGAUCGUGGGGUGUCUGUACAGCUCACCGCAGCAUCGUAAAUGGGUAGAGGAAGCAUUAAAUCGUAACUGUAAUGCACUUAGUGAUUUCCUUGCUGCUGAGCUUGAUGCACUUGCAUGCAACUUGAAGCAAGCAGCGCAGCAGCAGCAGCAGCUGCAGCUACAUGAUGAUAUAUGGGCAAAGAGAGAGGCAUUAGAGCCACACUUUGCUGCUUUCUAUAGACUCUGUGGUACCCUUAAUGACGUAUACACCUACCAGCAGCAGCAGCAGCAACAGCAGCAGCAGCAGCAACAACAACAACAACAACAGCAGCAGCAGCAACAGCAACAGCAGCAAGGAACGACUCCCGAUGCUGCUACGGACAGCAGCGCAGCAGCAACAACUGCUGCUGCACCAUCGAGUGCACCAACUCCUCCAACAGCAGAAACAGCAGCAGCAGCAGCAGCAGCAGCAGACAGUACAUCACCGUCUAAUAAUACAUCAUCUGAUGGUGCAUCUUCUUCUGGCACUGGAGCACCUACAACUUCUGCUGCUGCACCCGAUUCAACAGCAGCAGCAACAGGAACAGCAGCAGCAGCAACAACAACAGCAACAACAACAAAUGUAUCUGCAUUAGUAAAGUUUAGGGAUUUCUUUGAUAGAUCUAAUGUUCAUAAGAUAUGGCGAGCAUUAGAUGAUGUUCUUCUUGCAGUAAGAGAGGCAUAUCCUGCCCUUAAUGCAGAGACAGCAGCAAUGCAGAAUAGACAAAAGACGCAGCAAACUGCUGCUGCUGCAGCUGCUGCUGCUGCAGCUGAAGCUGAAGCUGCUGCUGCUGCACCUGCACCUUCAACAGGCGAAACACAACAGGAAGAUACUGCUGCUACUACUACAACAGGAGAAACAGGAACAGCAGGAGAGAGUGCAACAACAACAACAACAACAGCAGCAGAUGCAACAGCAGCAGCAGGAACAUCAUCAUCAUCAUCAUCAUCAUCAUCAGGAACGAGUGGUGAUGCAGCAGGAGCAGCAGGAACAACAGCAGGAGGAGCAGCAGGAACAACAACAGGAACAACAACAGGAGGAGGAGGAGGAAGAGGAGGAGGAUCAGGAGAAGAGGAAGGUGAAGGUGCAGCAAUGGAGGAGAGGGAAGCAGCAGCAGCAGCAGCAGAAUCACAAGAAUUAGCAGCACCAUUAGUAGUAACUCAAUUACUUCCUUUAUUAGAGGCAUACUUUCAUGUACAACAAGUAUGCAUAGCAGCAGAUUUAGGACUAAGGGAGGUAGGGCAGCUACAGGAAAUGGAUCUAUUUGCUGCAGCAGCAGAGAAGGAGAAGAAUAUAGUAGAUCGUGUAUCUGCAGCAAUAUUAGAAUCUAUAGAUCCUAAGACAGGUAUACCUGAUCCAGAGAAAGCAGCAGCAGCAACAGCAGCAGCAAGUGCAGAAUUACUUGAACUACAGCAGCAGCAACAAAAAGAAGAAAAUGAGGAAGAUGGAGGAUACGGUGCAAGUAAUGAGCGUCAUCGUUCUUUUUGUUGUUUUUGGGACGAGAUGAAGGGUAAAUUAAAUGUAGUAUUUAGCGGAGAAGAAGGACUAGAUGGUGGAGGAUUAACAAGAGAAUGGGAAAGCACUAUUUGA